AUGGAUUCCACAGCUCCUAAAAAGCGUGGCUUGGGUAGGGGGCCCACUCAAAUCCCCAGGGCACCUACUAACCCAGACGACCGGGAACUUAUUCAACUUCGUCAAACCCCAUAUAACGUUGAUUUUGCAGAUCAUAGAAUUGUGAAGUGCAUCUCUCAGCUGUGCCUUCAGAAUUGGCCUACCCCUGCCAUUAGGUGGGUUAGCACACCUACAGCACAUAAGGAUGCAGUAUGGGCUGAAUUUCAGAAACGAUACAGGUGGGCGGAUGAAGACGGUCCUACUAUUUCUGAUCUGUUUUGGAGAAAAUGUGCAGAUCGAACCAAAGACAAUUUGUCAAAAGAGCGCACAAAAGCCCUGCAGAAUGCUAGCAAUGCAUUUCCAGGUCAAGGGGAUUUGCAUAUGCAUAAGUUUAACCCAUGGUGGUGUAGCGCUGAUAUUUGGGCUCAGAUGUGUGCUCAGUGGACAGAGCCUGAGUUUGUGCACAAAAGUAAUACUGCCUCGGGAAAUAGAUGUGGAGGUGCUGAGAAGGCAAAAGGUACAUACAAGGGAGGUAGUAUAUCCCAGGGGCAGCAUAUGGCUAACAAGGAGUCUCAAUCUCAGGGUACUAUCAACUGGUUGGAUGUGUACGUGGCUACUCGUGAAGGCAUACCUGCUGCUCAGGAAGUAGCGAAAAAUUAUCGCACUUUAGUUGCUGAGCGCUAUCCUGAGGGCACUCAGCCCCCGAAUAUUGAUCAGGAGCUUUGGGAGAGGGCCUCUAUUGUGAAGAAGAACUAUGUCAAGGGUCAGGGACAACGAAGACGCCCAUCUAUCUUUGGCUCAACCUGUAGCACACAGUCUUCACAGUCACCGAGUCAUCCACCUGUUCAUACUCCUGCUGACUGUGUUCGAGCUAUAUGUCAGGAUCGAGCGCUUCUUCGUGUAUUAGGAGGACAUCUUGGGCUUAUGGAUCCUGAUGAGUUAGCUCGUGCUGUGGCUGAGGCAGCAGCAUCGCAGCAAAGUGAUGGUAGGCAGGGUGAUCGUGAUGACCAGGAUGCUGAUGAUUAUGAUCAUGAUGCUGAUAUUGGAGGAUCUUAGUGUAUCAACAAAGUGAUGGUCGUAAGGGUGAUCAUGCCGAUUAGGAUGCUGAUGUUGGAGGAUCUUCGAGCAUUUAGGUGUUAGUAUUGUACUGCUUGGAUGAUAUUUGGAACAUAUGGUUGUGUUGCUGAAAUUUUAAGG